AUGACACUCCGAAUAUCCGAAAAAGGCUCUCCAAUCUCUUUAUCACAGACCUCUUCACUCAGGAGUAUUUUACGACCACUAUGGCGGCAAAGAAUUGUAGCAUUAAAAGCUAUUGCUCUUCUGUACAUCGCUGUCAGUCUGGUUAUGUUCACAGCGAGAAUAUUAGGAUGCCUUGGUCCACCACCGCUCGACGAAUCUAACUUUGACGGAAGAAGAACUUGGGACACAAAUGGAACCUCGCCGUUAAAUGAGCUGGAUAAUUAUUCCCGCUUUUAUAAAAUGCAUUCUAAAAUGUCCAACGUCUUUAUAAACAACGUAAAGCAAUACCACAAACGAGCAAGCUAUGAACCAAACAAAGAUGAUAUAACAGUAACUGCCUUUGUUACCGAGAAUCGUUUCGAUGAUCUGAGAAGACUAGCUGAACUAUGGCAAGGCCCGAUAGCUGCAACAUUCCAUAUUUCCAGCGCAAGUUUAGAUGAAAACGAUCCGAUAGUUCAGCAUGCCUUUGACAAUCUAAACUAUUAUCUCAAUCAACAUCCGAUUAUCGCUAAAUAUGCCGACAUUCACGUAGUAGCCAGCAUUUUGUCUUAUGAACAACCGGAAAUGCUUGCUCGUCCCACCAACUUUCAUCUCAACGUUGCUCGAUUUUUCGCUCGUACCGAUUUUAUCUUUUAUCUCGAUCAUGAUACGUGGCCUACCGUCAGAACGAGAGAAGAAAUAAGGAGACACCGGAAACUAUUAUUAAAUGACGAUGUUAUUUCAGUGCCUACAUUUGCAUAUAAACCCGCAGCAACGAAUCUGCGAAUGCCUCGAACUAGAGAAGAUGUUAUUUCACUGGUCAGGAGCGGAGAUUUGGGUUUACAGGAUGACGGAUGGGAGUUGAAUCGAGGACCGACGUGUUAUGCAUCGUGGCAAAAAGGAAAAGUGUACAAGAUUGAAGACUUUGAAGUACAUUAUAGACCAAACUUUGUGUCAAAAAGAAAUGGUACAAUACCAUGGUGUACAGAGCGGUUUGAUGACAACAAAGCUGCUUGUCUCUAUCAAGCGUAUAUUACUGGUUCUGAUAUCUGGGUGCUUCCCGAAACAUUUUUAAUUCGACGUAAUUUCAAUCCUAAAUCUCAUCUCCUUAAACCAAGUGAAUCUAAAUGGGCGAAAGCAAUAAAUUCUCGCUUGUAUACUAAAUUUUAUCGUGAGGCAUGUGUACAUUACGCUCGCCAAUUCAUCUUUGAGGGUAAAUGGGAUUCGCCGCGUGCAGUGCAUCUCAAACAAGAAUGUAAUAGGGUAUUGACUAAUUGGGGGAAAGGGCUUGUUGAUGCGUGA